GAAAAUUAUUGCAUAGCUGCAAAACUCAAGAUUUUUCAUAAGCUAAUAAAGACUUUUUUUGAGAUUUUUGAAGAUGGUUCACUAUAUUACAGUUGCUACCUGCAAUCUUAACCAAUGGGCUCUUGAUUUUGAAGAUAAUAGAGAUCGAAUUGUUCACAGCAUUAAAAUUGCAAAACAAAAAGGCGCAAAGUUAAGAGUUGGACCUGAACUAGAGAUAACUGGUUACGGAUGUCUUGACCACUUUUUGGAAAAUGACAUCUACUUACAUUCAUGGGAAAUGUAUGCCUCAAUAUUGAAAAACCAGGAAGCAUAUGAUAUUCUCUUGGAUAUUGGUAUGCCUGUGAUUCACAAAAACAGAAGAUACAAUUGCAGGGUUUUAUCCUAUAAUGGUAAAAUCCUUUUAAUCAGGCCAAAGUUGUAUCUAGCAAAUGAUGGAAAUUAUAGGGAAAUGAGAUUUUUCGUUCCUUGGUUAAAACCAAAAUAUUGUGAAGAUUAUGUGUUGCCCAGGAUGAUUCAAAAGUUAACUGGCCAGUUAUCAGUAACAAUUGGUGAUGCUGUUAUUUCGACCUUAGAUACUGUUAUUGGUUGCGAAACUUGUGAAGAAUUAUUCACUCCACAGUCUCCUCAUAUUUCUUUAGCUUUAGAUGGUGUGGAAAUUAUAACCAAUUCUUCUGGCUCACAUCACGAAUUGAGAAAAUUAAAUACAAGAAUGAGUUUGAUAACUGAAGCCUCAACAAAGUGUGGGGGAGUUUAUUUAUACUCUAACCAAAAGGGGUGUGAUGGUGACAGAUUAUACUAUGAUGGAUGUUCGUUAGUCGUUCUUAAUGGUCAAGUAUUGGCUCAAGCUUCUCAAUUUUCUCUUGAUGAUGUUGAAGUUAUUACUGCGACAAUUGACCUUGAAGAUGUUAGAAGUUAUAGAGCCUCAAUAUCGCAUGGUUUACAAGCAGUAAAUCAAGACACCCAUUAUAAGAGAAUACAUGUCCCAAUUGAACUAUCUCCUCAAUUGUUCACAUUCAGAUCAACUUUGAAGCCUACCCCAAUUAUUGAUAUACAUUAUUACAAACCUGAAGAAGAAAUUGCUUUUGGUCCUGCUUGCUGGUUAUGGGAUUACAUUCGAAGAUGUCAUGGUGCCGGGUUUUUCUUACCUUUAUCUGGCGGGAUUGAUUCAUGUGCAACUGCUGUUAUCGUUUAUUCCAUGUGUUGCUUGGUUUCCGAGGCUGCUAAAAAUAGAAAUUUACAAGUUAUCAAAGAUGCAAAAAUGGUUGCAGCUAUUCCGGAUGAUGAGGAAUAUUUGCCAGUGGAUCCUGCUGAGUUUUCUUCAAGAAUAUUUCAUACUUGUUUUAUGGGCACUGAAAAUUCAUCAAAUGAAACAAGAUCGAGAGCGAAAGAAUUAGCAAAUAAAAUUGGAUCUUAUCAUGUUGAUUUAAAUAUGGAUAACUUAGUAACCGCUGUUGUAAAUUUAUUUGAAGUUGCAACUGGAAAAAGACCGAUUUUUAAAAUAUUUGGUGGGUCCCAAGUUGAAAAUUUGGCUUUGCAAAACAUCCAAGCAAGAUUAAGAAUGGUUUUAGCUUAUCUUUUUGCACAAUUAUUACCAUGGGUCCGUGGCAGAAAAUAUGGAGGAUUGUUGGUAUUAGGAUCUGCUAAUGUCGACGAAUGCUUGCGUGGUUAUUUAACAAAGUAUGACUGUUCUUCUGCUGAUAUCAAUCCAAUUGGUGGGAUAUCCAAAACAGAUCUCAAAAGAUUUAUUCAUUAUUCUGAAACUCAUUUUCACUUGCCAAUUCUUGACGACUUUUUAAAUGCGACACCAACUGCUGAGCUAGAACCAAUUACCAAAGAUUACGUUCAAUCCGAUGAAAUUGACAUGGGUAUGACAUAUGAAGAAUUAUCAAUUUUUGGUAGAUUGAGAAAAAUAGAUAAAUGUGGCCCAUAUUCAAUGUUUUUGAAGUUAUACCAUUUAUGGUCUGACAAGUUAUCUCCAAAGGAUAUUGCAAUCAAAGUAAAGAGGUUUUUUUACUUUUAUGCUAUAAAUAGACACAAACAAACAGUAUUAACACCAAGUUAUCAUGCUGAACAAUAUUCUCCUGAUGACAACAGAUUUGAUUUGAGACCAUUUUUAAUUGAUCCAAGAUUUUCUUGGGCAAGCAAAAAGAUUGAUGAAAUAGUAAAUGAAUUUGAAAAAGGAAAAGAGGAAUCAUUAGAAACUUUUUCUGUUGAAUGAUACAUAAUGAUUAGAUAUUUUAUAGAAUUUAUAUUUGUUUUUCUUUUUACUUUUUAUUUUUGAAUAAAC